AUGGAAGACGAUAAAGGCGGUUACCGGCAAAUCAACAAAUCCCUGAACAUAUGCGCGUUUGAGGAUUAUCUCAGGGGCCAAACGGCACGCCUGCCUCGAUUAGAAAACGUUGAGCAGCUCACUCCGCGCGUGCUUCGUGUUCUAGGCCAGAAUCCGGGGAAGUUCACCUUUCAAGGCACCAACACCUACGUCGUUGGUACUGGCAAGCAUAGACUGAUCAUCGACACCUCCGGAGGCGAGCCAGAAUGGGCUGAGUUACUCUCGUCCACUCUAGCAUCCAUGAACAUUAGCCUCUCGCACGUCCUCCUGACCCACUGGCAUGGUGACCACACCGGCGGUGUUCCCGAUUUACUCCGCUUAUACCCACACCUCCAGAAUUCGAUUUACAAAAACUUACCCGAUAAGGGCCAGCAAAACAUCACCGACGGCCAAAUCUUCAAGGUCGAAGGCGCGACGGUCCGAGCGAUACAUGUCCCAGGCCAUUCAGAAGACCACAUGUGCUUCAUUCUCGAGGAGGAACAGGCCAUGUUCACCGGCGACAAUAUCCUGGGCCACGGUACGAGCGCGGUCGAAGACCUGAGCACGUUCAUGGCUAGCCUGGAAAAAAUGCGCGCGGAAAACUGCCAGAUUGGAUACUCCGCUCAUGGUGUUACAGUCACUGAUCUUCCCGCCAAGAUUGCCGGUGAGCUAGGCCAGAAAUUCCGGCGCGAGAGGCAGGUUAUGCAAGCGCUCGGCCGUGUUCGCGCCCGUGGUGAAAAGAGCAUUACAGUCAAGGACCUCGUUACCGAAAUCUAUGGCGAAUCUUUGGAUGAAGGUACGCGCAGUUUGGCUCUGGAACCCUUCAUUGGCGAGGUCUUGCGGAAACUCGCCAAUGAUGGUAGGGUUGCGUUCGAGAUGCGCGGUGGGAAGCGGAAGUGGUAUUCGGUGGAAACAAUGGCGCAGCAGACUGUCAGAGGACGCGUUGAGGAGGCCAAGCGCCCGAUGGUCAAAGUUCAGGGAUAG